GUUCCUUUCACAGGAGCAUGCUGGGAUGUUCUUUCAGGCGACAGGUGCUGUGCAUCUUGGGAAACGGUGGCCACAUUGUGCCGGUUCACGCUGCCAUCGGCACAGGGCGAGGCGUCACUUCCUCAUGCUCUUGCCAACACCAAAAACUAAAGUCCUUUUUGCCAACCCGAGAGGCCAAAAAGGACUACCGCUGGAGCUUUUUAAUUUAUCUGUAGGGGCGACGUUUGUUUCUUCUGUGAAUUACCUGCUCAUUGGCUUCGACCCUUGUUGUUGUUGAUUUGUGGGAGCGCUUUCUAUAUGAAGGACACACUGUAGAAUCCGCAGGAUAAAUGCAGGACGUGCCUCGUAAUAACUGCUCAGUCACCACUGUUUCAUGCCUUCGCUUGUGAUUUAAUCGAUUUCCCUAAAGCGGUUUCCACCGACUUGUUCUCCAGGUCAUUUUAAACCGAGUGGUCUUCGGAGCAGGCCCGACGGUGUGAUGUGCCCUGGGGCGCUGCUGUAGAGCCUGCCUGACACCGGACCCGCAAACAUGCCAGGAAACCUCACGGCCGCGGCCGGCUGCGGGCUCGGCUGCAACGUGUCCUUCGAGGGGAGCCGGGUGCUCGCCGUGGGCGUGUACAGCACCGUGUGCGCGCUGGGGCUGCCGGCCAACUGCCUGACGGCCGCGCUGGCGCUGCGGGAGGCGCGGCGGGGCAGCGUGCUGGCCGUGUACCUGUGCGGCCUGGCGCUCUGCGAGCUGCUGUACGCCGGCACCCUGCCGCUGUGGGUCCUCUACGUGCAGAACCAGCACUGCUGGACCCUGGGGCCCUGGGCCUGCAGGGUGACCGCCUUCGUCUUCUUCUGCAACCUCUACGUCAGCAGCGUCCUCCUCUGCUGCGUCUCCUGCGACCGCUUCGUGGCCGUGGUGUACGCGCUGGAGAGCCGCGGCCGCCGCCGCCGCCGCACCGCCGCCCUCCUGUCCGGCGCCGCCUUCCUGCUCGUGGGGCUGGUCCACGCCCCCGUGUUCCUGAUGGAGGACAAGGGCACCUGCUUCGAGAGGAUGCCCGUGGACAGCCAGGUGGCCCGCUACUACUACUCGCGGUUCGCCCUGGGGUUCGCCGUGCCGCUGUGCGUCAUCGCCUUCACCAACCAGCGCAUCGUCAGGACCGUGGGGCUGAGCCAGGGCCUGAGCGCCGCCCGGAAGGCCCGGGUGCGGCGCACGGCCAUCGCGGUCGUGGCCAUCUUCCUGACCUGCUUCGCCCCCUACCACCUGGUGCUGCUGCUCAAGGCCGCCGCCUUCUCCUACUACGGCGACGACCAGGCCUCCCUGUGCCGCCUGGAGGCCCGCGUCAGCACCGUGUCCGUGGCGUUCCUGUGCCUGGCCACGGUGAACAGCGUGGCCGACCCCAUCAUCUACGUGCUGGCCACGGACCACUCGCGGCGGGAAGUGUCCAGAAUCCGCAGGGAGUGGACCAUGUGGUCCGCCAAGACGGACGCCGCGAAGCUCACGCGUUUGGACUCGGAGGAGAGGCCGCCGCCCGUGUCGCUGACAAGCAGCUGCCUGUUCCCCAGGCCCGCGCAGCCCCGCAGGGCACAGCCGGGCAGGUGGGCCCCACUGGGCGACCUGGAGAGGCCGCGGGAGGAGCCUGCUGAGCCCAGGCCUGCAGGGGAGGCCGGCCGGCCGGCACAGGGCAUCUGGGGCCGCCCGCGUGGCUUCCCCGGCCACGGAGCCUGCCCACCGGCGUCCGUGGCGCUGCCAUGACGGCCCUCUGGAAGACGUGCCACCGAUUUCCUGUUCCUGGAGCCACACGCUUCGCAAGCCUCUUCCCCUCGGGUCCCAGCCCCGGCUUUCCCACCGGGCCGAGGGCGGCGGCUGUGCCAGGCGCAGGAGCCAGGCAGCCCAGGCAGGCAGGAGGCCCUUCAUCCACAGCUCCUUUGGCUGUGAGCUGGCACAUGCCGGGCACCGUGGAGGUGCUGAGUCAGCAUCCAGUGAAGACUUAAAAAAAAUAUAUAUAUAUAUAUAAAUCUUCAGAGAGGAAGGGAGAGGGAAAGAGGUAGAAACAUGAAUGAUGAGAGAGAAUCAUGGAUCUGCUGCCUCCUGCACACCCCACACUGGGGAUCGAGUCCACAACCCGGGCCUGUGCCCUGACCGGGACUCGAACCUGGGACCUCCUGGUUCAUAGGUCGGUGCUCACCCACUGAGCCGCGUGGCCAGGCCAGUGAAGACUUCAUUUCUUGGCUUUCCGGUGGGCGUGGCCCGGACGACCGGUGGUUCGUGGCGGGCCAUGCACAGGCAGCUCGCCUAGGCAAAGCCUGGUGACCGUGGGGCACCCGGGCCUGUGGGGGCGGGAGCCCAGCCCCGAGGGCCCUUGCGGGGCGGCUAGUCUGUGCCAAGAGGUCUGCGCGGAGGCUCCGAGCCCUCGGGGAGUCCUCCGCAGGAAGCUCCAGGCCUGUCACCCGGCCAUGCUGGGGCUCCCAGGCGGUGGGAGUCCCUCACGCCAGGCUUCCCGGGCUCACUGUCAGGAGAGCGGCGAGGGCUGGGAUGGGGUGAAUGAGAGCCAGCCCUCGGCCGCAGGCCCUCACAGGCGAGGCGGAGCCCGGGCGGCCUGACCGGUGGCCGAGAGCACGUGGGCUCCCCGGAGACCACACGGCUCGGGGCCGGACCCAGGCAGGCCCCCGACAAGCCACUUCCGGGCCAAGUCACACCACUGCCUCAGUUUCCCCAUCUGCAACAGGGCCAGCGACACCUACCUCACCAAUACCAGGCCCCUCC